CUGGCCCAGAAGCUGAGUGGGCCUCGGCCCUCAGCACAUCCUGCCAGGGCCAGGCCAGAACUGCCCGCCUCCUCUUCUGCAGCUGAUCCACAACCAACAAGGCAGCCUCAGGCCCUCAGGCCCUGCCUCAUUCCACUAGGGCCACCAAGACAGCCUUCCACCAUGGCUCUGAAGAGAAUCCAUAAGGAACUGAACGACCUGGCGCAGGAUCCCCCAGCACAGUGUUCAGCAGGCCCUGUCGGGGAAGAUAUGUUCCACUGGCAAGCUACAAUCAUGGGGCCUAAUGACAGCCCCUACCAGGGAGGGGCGUUUUUCUUGACAAUUGACUUCCCAACAGAGUACCCCUUCAAACCACCCAAGGUUGAAUUUACAACAAGAAUUUAUCACCCAAAUGUUAACAGUAAUGGCAGCAUUUGUCUUGAUAUUCUUCGCUCACAGUGGUCUCCAGCACUAACUAUUUCAAAAGUACUUUUGUCCAUCAGUUCUCUGUUGUGUGAUCCCAAUCCAGAUGAUCCCUUAGUGCCUGAGAUUGCUCAGAUCUACAAAACAGAUAGAGAAAAGUACAACACAACAGCCCGGGAAUGGACUCAGAAGUAUGCCAUGUGACUAGAGAGAUUAUUGGAUAUCCUCUACAAAUAAAAGCUCAGGGAACUGUAGAAAGUCCUUCUGAUUCCCAUCUGACUGACUGCUAUGAACCACGCUGCACCGCUUCGUCCUUCCGGUGUUCUCCACCUGACACAGUACUGCUGUAAGCUGUACGCACCAGAAAUACUGUGCUUCAUUCCAACACUCUCUCCUAGCACAGGAGCGUUCUCGAGGCAUAAGCAAGAUGUGAGAUUAAAAGUUUUCCUAACUGACUUAAAUCUGAAUAACCAGUGUGAGGGGUGGUGGGUACACAACACUGUUUAGAAGGGGUAAAGUGCCACCAACCU